CACCACUUCCCGUAUGAGCGUGGUGGCGAUUGGCAAAUCUAAAAAGUACCGGGGUUGGGUGUACCUGAGCAUGUACAUGUACUUCGUACAUUGAAAAGGCGCCCUAGAGUUUCAUAAAGAAGUCAUCGGUAUAUAUUCAAGUAAUUCAAGCAUUCCAAGUUCAAGGACAUAUUGUAUGUUUCUUGUACAGAUCUGCAAACAGUGCAAAGCCGCCAUAAGGUGAAAUAUGAAAGAUGAGUGAUACAGUCCGAGUCGUCAUGUGGACCACUCCACGUUCCCGUGCCUCCAUCGUAGCAAAAUGCAUGGACAGAGUGCCAGGUUCCAAGAUCCUCUUCCAGCUUUCCUCGUCGGCAUAUCGCGCCAGUCUUGACGAGUUUACAUCUCUGCAGUCAGGUUCCCCUGCAGAAAAGAUGCACGAUGCUCUCGUAGACCCUAAAAGCUCCGACUACGAUGAGGGAAAGAGCACCUACCCAUGGAUGAAGAAUCAAAUGGAAGCCGACUACCCAGGUAAGAGGUUCGUCUUUGCCAAGGAGAUGGCUUACUGCAUCGACGGCAAGUUUGAGUAUCUCCCCGAGGGCUAUCGCCACAUCUUCCUUAUCCGGGACCCGGUGAAGGUGUUUCAGUCCUUCAAGAGGUGCGUGCCGGAGAUCAUAGCUAUUCGUGGACUUAAGGGGGAGGAAGGGAAGCUUGAGCUGGACAAGCUAUCGGCUAAGCUCCUGGGGAAAGAACUAGCUUUCAAAGAAGCAGUCAACGUGUAUGAAUAUCUCCAAGAGAAAAAUAUUGAACCGGAUCCCAUCAUUGUGGAUUCCGACGACCUUGUGAAUGACCCGGCAAGUAUUCUCCCAGCGCUCUUCCAAAGGCUCGGAGUAGAAUAUCAUGAGUCUAUACUUAACUGGGAAAAAGGGGCAGAUGUUUUAGACAGCUGGGUUGUGAGUAAAAGAUACAAGUACAGGAUAAGGAAUGUCGAAUAUUUCAGGAAUUUCCGGGAUAGCACAAAGUUUCUCAAACCAGAAGCUAUAACUGGUACCACGCACACUGGUGUCAGCCUCACUGCUGAUGUACAGCGAUGUGUCGAUUUCUCCAGGCCAUAUUAUAUGAAGUUAUACGAAAAACGCUUGACAAUUUGAGACACUGCAGGAACCAAACACCGUAUUUUCAAUUCCUAAGUAGCACAAAUUCUCCACAAAAUUCUAUUUUGCUUCAAAAUGAUGUCAUAUCUUGAAACAGGGAACAUUUUCAGCACGUAUAUAUCUGCAUAUUAUAUGGCCUAGCUGUAACCAAUUGAACUUAAAGUGUAACGUUUCGCAGUGGGCUAAAUUUAAUUAACCCUACCCCCAGUUCCCAAUCCUCCAAAAUCCUCUGGGCAAAAUGCACGAAUUUGUAGGAUUGAUUGAGGUUUCUUGCAAGUUGAAGCAUUGGAAGAUUUUGCAGGAUUGAGUCACUGGGAG